AUGGCCAGUUCUACAGGCACUGCCCCAAAGAGCUGUAGCUGCAGUGCCGCACGCACUACGUGCAACGACGUCUUAGUUCAUCCUUUAGAUCCGCUUUCAGCCGCUGAAAUCUCACGAACGGUAGCAAUUAUCAGCUCAUCAAGCAAAUUAGGCCUCAAAUUCAAUAGCAUCACUCUGCUUGAACCUAGGAAAGCCGACUAUGCUGCCUUCCGUGAUUCAAGUGGACCGCGCCCGAUCAGAAGAUCUUUGUCAAUUAUCAUCUCUCGUGUGAGCCAAAACGUGUCUGAGGUCACGGUGAACUUGAUCUCGCAAAAGGUCGAAUCCUGGCGUGAUAUUAAAGAUGUCUGGCCUAUAUUGACCUUGGAAGAUCUGGAUGUUAUCGAACGAAUUGCAAGAGUUCAUCCGCAAGUCAUUGAAGCCUGCAAAGGCCUGGGAAUAACCGAUAUGUCCAAAGUCUUUUUUGACGGAUGGGCAAUUGGUGUAGAUGAGCGCUGGGGAUUGGAAAGACGACUCCAGCAAGCCCUCGCGUAUUAUCGUACGUCACCGACAGAUAAUCAAUAUGCACAUCCACUUGAUUUUACUGUCAUCGCGGACACCGAGCGGGAGCAGAUCCUCUCUGUGGACAUUCGGACAGUCAAUGGUGAACGUACGCAUAUUCCAAUGGAGGAACACAAUUAUCUACCAGAACUUGUGGGGAAGAGCCAGUAUCAAUUCAAUCGUCUCAAACCGAUACACAUAACUCAGCCGGAGGGAGUCUCAUUCACGAUGCAUGGGAGGGAAAUCCACUGGGCAAACUUGAAGAUGCAUAUUGGUUUCAACUAUCGGGAGGGUCUUGUGCUGUCUGACAUUUGCAUGCGAGAUCCAUUCGACAGCAACAACAGAUACCGCACGAUCUUCAAUCGAGUGAGCGUGGUGGAGAUGUUUGUACCUUACGGAUCUCCAAAGAGCCCACAUCACAAAAAACAUGCAUUUGAUAUUGGAGAAUACGGCUCCGGGUUCAUGACUAAUUCUCUCAAACUCGGCUGUGAUUGCAAGGGUGCUAUUCAAUACUUGGAUGCAGUCGUGAAUACGUCAAAUGGUGAUCCACUAUUGAUUGAGAACGCGAUAUGCAUCCACGAAGAGGAUAACGGUUUGCUCUAUAAACAUACCGAUUUUCGGGACGGACGUGUCAUCUCAGCAAGAGAUCGGAAGCUGAUAAUUUCCCAAAUUCUGACUGCGGCUAAUUACGAGUAUGCCUUCUACCAUACGUUCACAUUGGACGGCACCUAUAUGCUGGAAGUCAAGUUGACUGGCAUGUUGAACACAUACUGCCUCCACCCAAGCGAGGAGUCGGCUCCAUUUGGCACGGAAGUGGCGAAUCGAAUCGAUGCGCAGAAUCAUCAGCAUAUUUUCUCUCUUCGUAUUGAUCCAGAGAUUGAUGGUUCUAGGAACAGUGUUAUUCAAAGUGAUGCCGUUCCUGCCGACAUUCCGGCCGAUCAAAAUCCUUAUGGUAACGCAUUCAUGGCAAAGAAAACACUGUUUAAGACAGCCAAAGAUGGUGCUGCCAACUAUUGCCAUGAGACAUCUCGAACAUGGGAUAUCGUGAAUCCAAAUAUUGUGAGCAAGAUUUCCAAGAAACCUGUCGGGUACAAGAUCGUGAAUACCCAAUGUCCUGCGCUCCUGGCCCAGACCGAGAGCAUUUUUGCAAAGAGAGGAGCCUUUGCGCAGAAGGCUCUCUGGGUUCUUCCAUAUCGUGACUACGAACUGUUCCCAGCCGGGUCCUAUGUGUGCCAAUCAACCGGGGAGCAUCAUCCAAACAACUUGACCAUCACCGACUGGGUGGCACGCGACGAGUCAAUCGAGAAUACAGACAUAGUCUGUUAUGUUCAAUUCGGGCUCACACACUUUCCUCGUACUGAAGAUUUCCCUAUCAUGCCAGCGGAACCCGUCAGGGUUAUGCUGCGCGCAUCCAAUUUCUUUGAGAAAAACCCUGCACUUUGGGUUCCGCCCUCAGAGCUAGAUGCAGACUUUUCUUCAACAAGGGUGCCUCUGGAGACCUUGAAGGAACAUGGUGUUCAGGGCAAGAGCGCUGUGUUGCCCAAGCUUUAA